AAAAAUACUCCAAAUUUCCAACUCUUCCAUGAAGAAGUGGAUCACUGCUACUACUCAAACUAUCUACGUAUCUAAUUCUAAUCUAAUACUAUAAAGUAUCUAACUUCAAAUUUAAACAAGUUAUAAAAGCUCAAUCUCUCUCUCUCUCUCUCCAAUUUGCACGCGCAAACUCUCUCUCUCUCUCUGGCGUCGCUAACUGUCACUGGCACUGAAUAAGCGUGGGAGAUUCAGAGUGAAGGAGAGAGAGACCCUUAACUACAUAGCUGGUAGAACUCACUUCAAAAUCAUCAUAUCAUCUCUUUGGAGCUAUUGAUUACUCUUUCUCACUCUGGUUUGAGGGAAUUGUCUUAAUCAUAUGAUGGGCUCCAAGUAUCACUUACCAGGCUACAGAACACGAGGCACGUUGACUAUAUUUGUCGUUAUUGGUUUGUGCUGUUUCUUUUACCUUUUAGGAGCAUGGCAGAAGAGUGGUUUCAGAAAAGGGGAUGGCAUACCAUUGGAAAUAACCAGGCAGACAGAUUGCAACAACGUUACCAUUCUAGAUUUUGAGGCUCAUCACAAUGAUCUUGAAAUUAUUGAACAUGAUGAACCCAGAGCCAAAGUGUUCAAGCCUUGUGACAUCCAAUAUACUGAUUAUACUCCUUGCCAAGAACAAGACCGAGCAAUGAAAUUCCCAAGGGAAAAUAUGAUAUACAGGGAAAGACAUUGCCCUCCAGAGGAGGAAAAAUUGCACUGUCUUAUCCCAGCACCCAAGGGAUAUGUGACUCCAUUCCCUUGGCCUAAAAGCCGGGACUAUGUCCACUAUGCUAAUGUUCCUUAUAAACAUCUGACUGUUGAGAAGGCAGUCCAGAAUUGGGUGCAGUUUCAGGGAGAUGUGUUCAAAUUUCCAGGUGGGGGAACAAUGUUUCCUCAAGGCGCGGACGCAUAUAUUGACGAACUUGCAUCUGUUAUUCCAAUUGCAGAUGGCACUGUCAGAACAGCACUGGAUACUGGUUGUGGAGUUGCAAGCUGGGGUGCAUACUUGCUGAAAAGAAAUGUAUUGGCUAUGUCCUUUGCACCCAGGGACAAUCAUGAAGCCCAGGUUCAGUUUGCAUUGGAGCGAGGUGUUCCUGCUAUUAUAGGUGUUCUUGGAUCAAUAAAUCUUCCAUACCCAUCAAGAGCCUUUGAUAUGGCUCAGUGCUCUCGAUGUCUAAUACCAUGGACUGCAAAUGAUGGAAUGUACCUCAUGGAAGUUGAUCGAGUUCUCAGACCUGGUGGAUACUGGAUUUUGUCUGGCCCUCCAAUCAAUUGGAAGACCUAUUACCAAACAUGGAAGCGGUCUAAGGAGGAUCUCAAUGCUGAGCAAACAAAGAUUGAAAAGCUGGCUGAACUUCUUUGCUGGGAAAAGAAGUAUGAGAAGGGAGAUAUCGCAAUCUGGAGAAAAAAAGUAAAUGCCAAAUCCUGCCAAAGAAACUCUGCCAAUAUAUGUACAUCAAAGGAUGCUGAUGAUGUCUGGUACAAGAAAAUGGGCACAUGUGUAACUCCUUUCCCUGAGGUAAGUAGUGAAGAUGAAGUAGCAGGAGGGGAGUUGAAGAAGUUUCCAGCUAGGCUUUUUGCAGUUCCUCCCCGAAUAGCUAAGGGAUUCAUUGAAGGGGUUACAGCAGAAUCUUACGAAGAGGACAAUAAACUUUGGAAAAAACGUUUAAAUGCCUACAAAAGGAUCAAUAGAUUGAUUGGCACUACAAGAUAUCGGAAUGUGAUGGAUAUGAAUGCAGGCCUUGGAGGAUUUGCAGCAGCACUUGAAUCACCGAAAUCUUGGGUGAUGAAUGUGGUGCCUACAAUUUCCAAGAACACUUUAGGUGUUAUCUAUGAGAGAGGUCUAAUUGGCAUGUAUCAUGACUGGUGUGAAGGCUUCUCUACUUACCCAAGGACAUAUGAUCUUAUUCAUGCUAGUGGUGUAUUCAGCUUGUACCAGAACAGGUGCCAACUGGAAGACAUCCUUCUGGAGAUGGAUAGGAUAUUGAGGCCUGAAGGGGCUGUCAUCUUGAGGGAUGAAGUUGAUGUCAUGAACAAGGUUAAGAAAAUUGCUGGAGGCAUGAGAUGGACUAUCAGGCUGAUGGAUCAUGAGGAUGGUCCCCUUGUGCCUGAGAAGAUAUUGGUUGCAGUCAAACAAUAUUGGGUUGGCAGUAGCGGAAACAGCACAUCCAGUAAUAAAUAAACCAGAUCAUUGUUUGCUUUGGAGUAGAUGGAGUCAAGGAGUUGAGAUCCUCAUAGAUGGCACGUGUAAUUAUUUUUAUCCUCAUUAGAAUUCUUGUUUUUAUUUUUAAAAAUUUUUGAUAAACUGUUAAAAGUUACAACCAACUAGUGGGGAGGGGGAUUUGAACCCUGAUUCUCCUUACAAAUGAGACAGGUUGAUAUUAUUGAGUUACAAGGCUCUUAUUCCGAUAUCCUUAUCUUGAUUUUGGAGGUAAUUGUAGAAAAAAGGUUCGCAGAUA